CAGUAAGGGGCGCUCCCUCGCCUAAGUCAACACAAGUAGUAGUUUACAUUUUGUUAAUGGUGCGCAAUGGGCGACAGUUUGCCUGUCCCCACCAACGCCUGCUUUACAACACUGAGCUUAUAUCUUCAGAGUUAAAUGGAAUUUUGUAUAGUUUCCAAAGUUAAAUGGAAACUUUUGCUUGAUUUUAUUUAUCAUUAUGAUUUUUUUUUUUAAGUUCACCUGUGAGUUUUGGUGGGAAUCAGAGGAAAGCAAAUUACAUGGCCCCGGGGCACCUCAAGCUUCAUGAAUGGAUUCUUUCUGCGAUCUGAGAGAGAUCCCUUCCCAGGGGACCCGGUUACACAGAGAUUUUUUUUCUCUUAAAUACACAUACAGAUGUGCAUUUCAUAGACAUGAAAGCCAAAGUUAAAGAAACACAAUUUCAAGCACUAGACAGACAAAACAGAGAACGUUGCGUUUGAUCAUUUUCAGCAAUACACUUGUGCUGAAACGGCAGAGCAAGUGUGAUGGCCUUGCAUUAUAUUCCAGUGCUGCUGUGGAAGCUGUGUGAUUAAUUCUGUUCUUGUACAGAGUUCUACUGCGCAUGUUGCAUGACAGGUGCACACACAAGGCUCCAUCUUGGCAACCCUUUACCAAUUCAAAAGGACAGCGGGAAUAAAAAUUAUUUUCAGAUUGUUAAAAUUGAAAAAGAUAAGAAAAACAGACGUGAAUCGCCGUCGUGAUGAACACUAUUCCAGCGAUUCGCGCUGACUGAAGGAACAACGAGCAGAAUGCGAUAUAAAGGGCGACUGGUCAUGAAGGCUUUUUAACGACCGAUUGCACUGUCAGCGCUACUGGAUCUGGUUUGCGGAACAACAACCGUUAUUAUACUGAAAUGAAGAUGAACUGCUGUAAUAUGAAGGCUGUAAAGGUGAUUUUCUUGUUGCUUAUCAUCUGUCUUUGGAUGGAAGGAGGAUUCACCAAAGAAAAAUCUGCUAAGAAGGGAAAGAAGAAGGGGAAACAGGUUUACUGUCCUUCGCAGCUGUCGUCAGAGGAUCUGGCACGGGUUCCGGCAAACUCCACCAGCAACAUCCUUAACAGGCUUUUGAUCAGCUAUGACCCAAGAAUCCGACCCAACUUUAAAGGUAUUCCCGUUGAAGAUCGUGUGAACAUCUUCAUCAACAGCUUUGGGUCCAUCCAAGAAACCACUAUGGACUAUCGUGUCAACAUCUUUUUGAGACAGCGCUGGAACGACCCCAGACUCCGGCUUCCUCAGGACUUCAAGUCGGACUCGCUCACCGUUGACCCGAAGAUGUUCAAAUGCCUGUGGAAACCCGAUCUUUUCUUUGCCAAUGAAAAGAGCGCCAACUUUCACGACGUUACUCAGGAGAACAUCCUGCUCUUUAUCUUCAGAAAUGGAGAUGUCCUCAUCAGCAUGAGGUUGUCUGUUACCCUCUCUUGUCCACUGGACUUGACUCUUUUCCCCAUGGACACCCAGCGAUGCAAAAUGCAGCUUGAGAGCUUCGGCUACACCACAGAUGACCUGCAGUUCAUGUGGCAGUCUGGUGACCCUGUACAGAUGGAAGAGAUUGCUCUGCCUCAGUUCGAUAUUAAACAAGAGGACAUUGAAUAUGGCAACUGCACUAAGUACUAUGCAGGGACAGGCUACUACACAUGUGUGGAGGUGAUUUUUACUCUGAGGAGGCAGGUGGGCUUCUACAUGAUGGGUGUAUAUGCUCCCACCCUGCUCAUCGUCGUCCUCUCCUGGCUCUCCUUUUGGAUCAACCCUGACGCCAGCGCUGCCCGUGUGCCUCUGGGGAUACUGUCAGUGCUCUCGCUCUCUUCUGAGUGCACAUCCCUGGCCUCCGAACUGCCCAAAGUCUCCUAUGUAAAAGCGAUUGACAUCUGGCUGAUUGCCUGCCUGCUCUUUGGCUUUGCCUCUCUAGUCGAAUACGCUGUGGUUCAGGUGAUGCUUAAUAGCCCUAAACGGCUGGAGGCGGAGAGAGCAAAGAUUGCUAGCAAAGAGAAGGCGGAGGGAAAGUCUCCUGCUAAGAACAACAUCAAUGGCAUGGGAAGCACCCCUUUACACGUCAGUACACUACAGGUGACAGAGACAAGGUGCAAAAAGGUAUGCACCUCCAAGUCGGAUUUGCGCUCCAAUGACUUCAGUAUCGUAGGCUCUCUGCCACGGGACUUUGAACUCUCAAACUUUGACUGCUAUGGCAAACCCAUUGAAGCUGGUAAUGCUUGCAGUAAAUCGCAAGCCAAGAACAACAAGAAACCACCACCUCCUAAACCUGUCAUCCCCUCGGCAGCCAAGCGUGUAGAUCUUUAUGCUCGUGCGAUCUUCCCAUUCUCCUUCCUUUUCUUUAAUGUAAUUUACUGGUCUGUGUAUUUGUGAUUGCGUAAAGUUGAAACUGCUUCCAUUCAGCUAACUUUUCCCUCCUUUGUAUUGUUUCGGUCUAUAUAAUUUGUUUCUCAGACAUCAAACGGAGCAGUUUUGAUGUGCAGACAGAGCGAAACUCUGGAUAAAAAAAAACAAAAAAACAAAAAAACAAAAAAAACAAAAAACGAUGUUGCUUAUAAAAAAAGCAAAAUUUUUGAGUAGAAAGAACAGAGACAAUUCUUAAAACUUUUGAUUUUCAGCCACUAUAUUUAAUUUAUGCACAAACCUGAGAGAAAUUAUUAUGAACGUGCAUGUGGAAAUGGAAUAUAUAAAUAUUAAUAUAUUGUAUUUAAAAUAUAUAAUAUUAUUUUUGACCUACAGAUCAGCUGUUGAGGUGAUGUUGAGACAUUUGUACUGAUAACCACUGCCAUAAGAACUGUCUUUUGAUGAUGUUCCUAUUACAAGCAAUUACAAGCAAGUGUAUAUAGAGGAACAAAACCAAACAUCUCCGCUGCUUGUCAAUAAACAGCCCAAUAGCUCAGCUGACCUCAUGA